AUGAUUGAAUUAACUAAUAAAAUGAAUGAAGUUUGGAUACCGCCCAUUAAUAACAAUCGAAUUGAUCAAAAUGGGGAAUCUACAAGUUGUGAACUCCAAAAUAAUGAAGAAUAUAAUCAAAUUGGUAUUUAUGAAGAAGAAGAAAAUGUUGAAGAAGAUGAUUUGCCAGAAUUGUCAGAAGUUCCAUCAAAUAAUACUUUUGUUCCAGUUCAAGAUGAGCACGGAUAUUUACUUUGUAGAAAUGGAGAUUGGAUAAUUGAUAGAUUCAAAAUAAUUAAGCAAAUUGGAGAUGGCGUUUUUUCAAAAGUUCAUCUGGUGUCUGAUUCAAAAAAUUUACAAAGAUCUGCAAAUAGCGAAAAUCCAUCAAAGAGGGCUUUAAAAAUCGUCAGAAAUGUUCAGGCAUAUAAAGACGCUGCUCUACAAGAAAUUAGUGUUCUUCAAGCUUUGAAUUCUUUUGAUGAUGAAGAAGAAAAUGGAUUGGCUCCUAGUCAUUUGGUUAUUAAAUUGUUGGAUCAUUUUGAAUAUUUUGAUCAUAUUUGUCUCUUAUUUGAACCUUAUGGAUUGAGCGUUUUCGAUUUUUUGAGAGGCAAUGAUUACCAUCCUUAUCCUCUUGAUCAAAUUCGUUAUAUUGCUUAUCAGUUAAUUCUUGCUGUCAACUUUAUUCACGAAAAGGGAAUUGUUCAUACCGAUUUGAAGCCAGAAAAUAUUUUGUUUGUAAAUACUGACAUUUAUGAAUUCAAAAAUCGUUGGGACAAGCCUUAUGAAGAAAUGGGAUUGGUAAAAUCUAAGCGUUCAAGAAAUAGAAGGAGAAUUCGUGUACUUAAGGAUGCUUCAAUUAGAUUAAUAGAUUUUGGUUCUGCUGUAUUUGAGCAUCAAGGGCAUGAUGAGACAGUUACUACACGUCAUUAUAGAGCUCCAGAAAUUAUUCUAAGUUUGUUUUUAAUUUGGAGAUAAG